CCCCGCCCCCGAUUUCUUUUUUCCUUUUUUCAUUUUUCGGAUUGUUUCCUGCGACAAAGGAAGAUUCACGUUGUCUUACUUUUCAUUUCAGGCUAGUGCAACACCUAAGUAUCCGUAGGAGCUGAAUGCUCCGAGUUUAGCCGCUUAAUCUUCGGACCCACCUUGCCCCUUAUCGUUAACACUUAUCAACAAUGGUCCGGGAUCGCCCACAUCAUCAUUGCGCGUGACUUGGCGUCAGGAACCCGAUCCGACCUCCUCCUCUUCCUCCCCUCUUUGCAACCAACAUCUUUCCUUCCGAUUUCAAAACCAAGCCCGACGUACACUACUUUCCCACAACCAGAGCCGAAUCUAUUACCCACGACAAGCUCAGGCAUACAAGACCUUUUGCGCAGACAACGAACCAUCGCACCCCGAAGCGAUCUUGGGCCAACUGCCGAGCCCGGACAUCUAAGCGUUCUCUAAACACCCCGCCCCGCGCGCAACAGACAAGAUGAGUAGCCCACGAAGAAGAAUCGAGACUGAUGUUAUGAAGUACAGUCGCCUAUGUCACGCCACGACGUUGAUGACCAGCUAACCUGAUCUAGGAUGUGCGAACCGCCGACAAGCCCUUAUGUGUUUUCUAAACUGACCCGUGUAGGCUGAUGAGUGACUAUGAGGUCACCUUGGUGAAUGACAACAGUAAUGUAAGGUCAAGAUACAUCGAUCGACGUCCACUCACCCUAACGAUUAAACAAGGCAAGAGUUCUAUGUGCGAUUCAAGGGGCCUACCGAGAGUCACUCCGUUUGAAGGCGGCGUAUGGAAGGUCCAUGUCGAACUCCCCGACCAAUACCCCUACAAGUCGCCGAGCAUCGGAUUCGUGAACCGCAUCUUCCACCCCAAUAUUGACGAGCUAUCGGGUUCAGUCUGUCUGGAUGUUAUCAACCAGACCUGGUCACCCAUGUUCGACAUGAUCAACAUUUUCGAGGUCUUCCUGCCCCAGCUUCUUCGGUACCCGAACCCGACAGAUCCCCUUAACGGCGAGGCGGCGGCUCUGAUGAUAAGGGAACCCAAGAGCUACGACGCCAAAGUAAAGGAGUAUGUACAAAAGUACGCGAGCAAAGAUGCCGCCGACGAGGCCGGUGCCGAGAGCGACGACGACGAUGACAUGUCCUCCGUCGGCAGUUUCGGGGACGAUGACGAGGAACCGGCCGGUCGACUGGACGAUGUAUGAAGACGUUAACGACUUGGAAGUGGACCUCAGCUAGAAGAGCAUUCAUGGAACUGGCGUCGCAGGAAACUUAUAUCCCACAGGUUUCGAUUGGUCUUUGCAUUCUUCCACCCUCCCUGUCCUGCUCUUAAGAAGUGGCGGCCGGGAGGUUCGUUUUCAAUUUAAAUUUUUUUUGGGUUUAAUGGAUAUGGCAGGGCAUUUUAUGGGUAUCAACCUUGGAGUUCUACACGAGACGGAAUAGCACGAGGCGCGAACUGAAUUAUAACUACGGUCAUGCCUUGAACAGCGAGAUCUGACCGAUGGAGAUGGGGAGGCGUGUCAGCACACUCAUACUACCCCAGAUUGGAUCCCUGGUUAUUCGCACAAGUCAGCCCAGUUGCUUCCGGAGCAAUCAGAUAGUUCAAAGAUGUCGCAUUCGCACAUAGUACUGGCCACUUUCCACUGGUGUACGUGACUCGAAUCCAUUGUUCCGUUUAAAGGUUCAGAAAUGUAGGUACUCUUGUCUACUACAAGACAAUGUGACACGCAGUCGCCAUUGCCCCUUUCCUUACUGCAUUGUUCGGCAUGCUUUUCGCAUGUUAUGAACAUGCGAUUGUCACUCGUCUCGGUUCUUUUUUUUAGUAACGUCAAACCGAACCCUGGGUAUCUUCAAUCAACACAGAACCUGCCCAAACACCAUAUCCGUACACCUA